AUGGGCUGCGCGCAAGCCAAGCCGUCCCAGGGCUCCCCCGCCCGCAGCCACGACCGUGGCAUCGACCACCUCAUGCGCUGCAACGGCUACACCCCCGCGGCCGCCCGCCGCCUCACCGACCCCCUCCCCACCACCGCCGCCGUCGCGGUCGCGAGGGACCAGGCCGACGCCAAGGACCAGGGUCCGGCGGGGACGGAGACCACGGAUGCCUCGGGGACGUCGAACCUGACGGCGGCCACGGUCUCCUCACCGUCGCUGUCGAUGCCGCCGCAGGCGCCGCCGCCGCGGCGGGAGGACGACCGCGAGCAGCUGGUGGACGGGUGGCCGACGUGGCUGCUGGAGAACGUGCCGCGCGAGGCGCUGCAGGGGAUCGUGCCCCGGAGCGCCGACGCGUUCGACAAGAUCGAGAAGGUCGGGCAGGGCACGUACAGCAACGUGUACAAGGCCCGCGAGCGCGGCGCCGACGGCCGGCUCGUCGCGCUGAAGAAGGUCCGGCUCGACACGAUGGAGCCGGAGAGCGUCAAGUUCAUGGCCCGCGAGAUGCGCAUCCUCCGCCGGCUCGACCACCCCAACAUCAUCCGCCUCGACGGCAUCGCCACCUCCCGCAUGCACCGCAGCAUCUACCUCGUCUUCGACUUCAUGUACUCCGACCUCGCCCGACUCAUCGCCCGCCCCCUCACCCUGCCACAGAUCAAGUGCUACAUGCAGCAGCUGCUGAUGGGGCUGCAGCACUGCCACGAACGCAACAUCCUGCACCGGGACAUCAAGGGCUCGAACCUGCUGAUCGACCGCGCCGGCGUGCUCAAGAUCGGCGACUUGGGCCUGGCCAACUACUUCGGGCCCGGCCGGCGCCGCCCGCUCACCAGCCGCGUGGUCACCCUCUGGUACCGCGCGCCCGAGCUCCUCCUGGGCGCCACCGACUACGGCGUGGGCAUCGACCUCUGGAGCGCCGGCUGCCUCCUCGCCGAGAUGUUCUCCGGCAAGCCGCUCAUGCCCGGAAGGACGGAGGUGGAGCAGCUCUUCAAGAUCUUCAGCCUCUGCGGGUCGCCGCCCGACGAGUACUGGCGGAGGAUGAAGCUCCCGGCCACCAUCCGCCCGCCCAAGACGUACAAGUCGACGAUGGCGGAGAAGUUCGCCGGCAUGCCGCCGUCGGCUUUCCCGUUCCUUACCACGCUCCUCGCCCUCGACCCCGCCGCCCGCGGCACCGCCGCCCAGGCUCUCCAGAGCGACUUCUUCAGCACGCCGCCGUUGGCCUGCGACGUCUCCGACCUCCCCGUCGUGUACAAGGAGGAGGCUGCCGAUCCGACCACCCCCCACGACGGAAGGAAGUGA